GCUUCGCGAUGAUGGCGGCGGCCGCGGCCCGGGGAGGCGGCGGCGGCUUCGGCUCGGGCUCCGGCGCCGGCGCCUCGCGGGGUUUCUACUUCAACACUGUCCUGUCGCUGGCCCGCUCCCUGGCUGUGCAGAGACCGGCAUCUCUGGAGAAGGUCCAAAAGCUGCUUUGUAUGUGCCCAGUAGAUUUCCAUGGGAUCUUCCAGCUGGACGAGAGACGGAGAGACGCGGUGAUCGCGUUGGGCAUCUUUCUCAUUGAAUCUGACCUACAGCACAAAGACUCGGUGGUUCCUUACCUCCUCCGACUUCUUAAAGGUCUUCCGAAAGUGUAUUGGGUAGAAGAGAGCACGGCUCGGAAGGGCAGAGGUACCCUCCCGGUGGCCGAGAGCUUCAGCUUCUGCUUGGUCACUCUGCUGUCUGACGUGGCCUACAGGGACCCUUCCCUGAGGGGUGAGAUAUUAGAGGUGCUCUUGCAGGUUUUGCACGUGCUUUUGGGAAUGUGCCAGGCCCUAGAGAUUCAAGAGAAAGAGUACCUCUGCAAGCACGCAGUCCCAUGCCUGCUGGGAAUCGCACGCGCCUUCGGGCGGCACAGCAGCUCAGAGGAGUCGCUCCUGUCCAGGCUCUUCCCCAGAGCGCCCCCGCACGCCCCCCGCGUCCCCGAGGAGCUGGAAGGCGUGCGCAGGAGGUCCUUCAACGACUUCCGCUCCAUCCUCCCCAGCAGCCUGCUCACCGUGUGUCAGGAGGGCACCCUGAAGAGGAAGGCCAGCAGCGUGUCCAGCAUAUCGCAGGUCAGCCCUGAGCGUGGGGUGCCCCCUCCCGGCUCCCCCGGAGGAUCUGCCUUUCACUGCCUCGAAGCCUCUUACUCGCCCGACGGGAGCGCCCCGGAGUCCGACUACUACUUCUCCGCCGUCAGCUCCAGCUUCUCUGUCUCUCCUCUCUUCAACGGUGUCACCUACAAGGAGUUCAGCAUUCCCCUCGAGAUGCUCCGGGAGCUCCUGAGCCUGGUGAAGAAGAUCGUGGAGGAGCCUGUUCUCAAGUCCCUGGAUGCUGUGGUCACCGGUGUGAUGGAGGCCAACCCCAGCGCCGACCUCUACUACAGCACCUUCAGCGACCCACUGUACGUGGCCGUGUUCAGGAUGCUGCGGGACACCCUGUACUACAUGAGAGACCUGCCCACCUCCUUCGUGAAGGAGGUGCACGACUUCGUGCUGGAGCAGUUCAACAGCAGCCAGGGGGAGCUCCAGAAGAUCCUGCAUGACGCUGACCGGGCACACAGCGAACUGAGCCCCCUCAAGCUGCGCUGCCAGGCCAGCGCCGCCUGCGUGGACCUCAUGGUCUGGGCAGUGAAGGAUGAACAGGGUGCAGAGAAUCUGUGUGUUAAGCUGUCUGAGAAGCUGCAGUCCAAGACGUCUAGCAAGGUUAUCAUAGCGCACCUGCCGUUGCUCAUCUGCUGUCUGCAGGGCCUGGGCCGCCUGUGCGAGCGGUUCCCGGUGGUGGUGCACUCCGUGACACCUUCCCUGCGCGACUUCCUGGUGGUCCCGUCCCCCGUGCUGGUGAAGCUGUACAAGUGCCACAGCCAGUACCACACAGUUGCCGGCAACGACAUAAAAAUCAGUGUAACCAAUGAGCAUGCAGAGUCGACCCUGAAUGUGGCGUCAGGGAAGAGGAGCCAGCCGUCCAUGUACGAACAGCUUCGGGACAUUGCCAUCGACAAUGUCUGCAGGUGCCUGAAGGCGGGCCUGACCGUGGACCCGGUGAUCGUGGAAGCCUUUCUGGCCAGCCUCUCCAACCGGCUCUACAUCUCCCAGGAGAGCGAUAAGGACGCGCACCUGAUUCCCGACCACACCAUCCGAGCCUUGGGGCACAUCGCAGUGGCCCUGAGGGACACCCCGAAGGUCAUGGAGCCCAUUCUGCAGAUCCUGCAGCAGAAGUUCUGCCAGCCGCCCUCCCCGCUUGACGUGCUCAUCAUCGACCAGCUGGGCUGCCUGGUCAUCACCGGGAACCAAUAUAUUUAUCAGGAGGUGUGGAACCUCUUCCAGCAGAUCAGUGUGAAGGCCAGCUCAGUCGUGUACUCAGCCACCAAGGACUAUAAGGACCACGGCUACAGGCACUGCUCGCUGGCAGUGAUCAACGCUCUGGCCAAUAUCGCGGCCAACAUCCAGGACGAGCAUCUGGUGGACGAGCUGCUCAUGAACCUGCUGGAGCUGUUCGUGCAGCUGGGGCUGGAGGGCAAGCGGGCCAGCGAGCGGGCCAGCGAGAAGGGGCCCGCCCUCAAGGCCUCCAGCAGCGCGGGGAACCUGGGCGUGCUCAUUCCCGUGAUCGCCGUGCUCACCCGGCGGCUGCCGCCCAUCAAGGAGCCGAAGCCGCGGCUGCAGAAGCUCUUCCGGGACUUCUGGCUAUACUCGGUGCUGAUGGGGUUCGCCGUGGAGGGCUCAGGACUCUGGCCAGAGGAGUGGUACGAGGGGGUCUGUGAGAUCGCCACCAAGUCCCCGCUGCUGACCUUUCCCAGCAAAGAGCCCCUGCGGUCCGUCCUCCAGUACAACUCGGCCAUGAAGAACGACACGGUCACACCCGCCGAGCUGAGCGAGCUGCGCAGCACCAUCGUCAACCUCUUGGACCCGGCCCCUGAGGUGUCUGCCCUCAUCGGCAAGCUGGACUUCGCCAUGUCCACCUACCUGCUGUCCGUCUACCGGCUGGAGUACAUGAGGGUCCUGCGCUCCACCGACCCCGACCGCUUCCAGGUGAUGUUCUGCUACUUUGAGGACAAAGCUAUCCAGAAAGACAAGUCCGGGAUGAUGCAGUGUGUGAUCGCCGUCGCCGACAAGGUGUUCGACGCCUUCCUGAACAUGAUGGCAGAGAAAGCCAAGACCAAGGAGAACGAGGAGGAGCUGGAGCGCCACGCGCAGUUCUUGCUGGUCAACUUCAACCACGUCCACAAGCGCAUCCGCAGGGUGGCCGACAAGUACCUGUCUGGGCUGGUGGACAAGUUCCCCCACUUGCUCUGGAGCGGGACGGUGCUGAAGACCAUGCUGGACAUCCUGCAGACCCUAUCGCUGUCGCUGAGCGCCGACAUCCACAAGGACCAGCCGUACUAUGAGAUUCCCGACGCGCCCUACCGCAUCACCGUCCCGGACACCUACGAGGCCCGAGAGAGCAUCGUCAAGGACUUUGCCGCGCGCUGCGGGAUGAUCCUUCAGGAGGCCAUGAAGUGGGCGCCCACGGCCACCAAGUCCCAUCUGCAGGAGUACCUGAACAAGCACCAGAACUGGCUGUCGGGGCUGUCGCAGCACACGGGGCUGGCCAUGGCCACCGAGAGCGUCCUGCACUAUGCCGGCUACAACAGGCAGAACACGAGCCUCGGGGCGACGCAGCUCACGGAGCGGCCGGCCUGCGUCAAGAAGGACUACUCCAGCUUCAUGGCCUCACUGAACCUGCGCAACCGCUACGCGGGCGAGGUGUACGGGAUGAUCCGGUUCUCAGACGCCACAGGCCACACGUCGGACCUGAACAAGAUGAUGGUCCAGGAGCUGAGGGCCGCACUGAGCGCUGGCGAUGCUCAGCAGUACACGCAGGCCAUGUUCAAGCUGACCGCCAUGCUCAUCAGCAGCAAAGACUGUGACCCGCAGCUCCUCCACCACCUGUGCUGGGGCCCCCUGCAGAUGUUCAACGAGCACGGCAUGGAGACCGCCCUGGCCUGCUGGGAGUGGCUGCUGGCCGGCAAGAACGGGGUGGAGGUGCCGUGCUCGGCAGGGGGCGCCCUUGCUCCGCUGGUGGCUGCUUUGCAUCCCCCAGUCUGUGCCCGACGAGGGGUAUCUCCUGACGUCCAAGGUAAGGAGCAGCGGCUGCGCUUUGCUGGAGCAGCUGUGAAGAGAUACCCCACGUCCAAGUUUCUGGACCUUUCUGUUACUGGGCAGCGUGUGCUGUUACAUAUGGGCAUGAAGGAGAACAGACAGAUCAGCUGCGGCCCUAACUCAGAGUUCAUGCGGGAGAUGGCGGGGGCCUGGCAGAUGACGGUGGAGCAGAAGUUCGGCCUGUUUUCUGCGGAGAUAAAGGAAGCAGACCCGCUGGCCGCAUCAGAAGCCAGUCAACCCAAGCCGUGUGCCCCUGAGGUGACCCCUCACUACAUCUGGAUUGACUUCCUGGUGCAGCGGUUCGAGAUCGCCAAGUACUGCAGCUCCGACCAGGUGGAGAUCUUCUGCAGCCUGCUGCAGCGCUCCCUGUCGCUUAGCAUCGGGGGCGCUGCGGGCAGCAUGAACCGGCACGUGGCGGCCAUCGGGCCCCGCUUCAGGCUGCUGACCCUCGGCCUGUCCCUGCUGCACGCGGACGUGCUGCCCAACGCCACCAUCCGCAACGUGCUCCGCGAGAAGAUCUACUCCACCGCCUUCGACUACUUCAGCUGCCCCCCAAGAUUCCCGACCCAGGGGGAGAAGCGGCUACGUGAGGACAUCAGUGUGAUGAUCAAGUUCUGGACCGCCAUGUUCUCAGACAAGAAGUACCUGACUGCCAGCCAGCUUGUUCCCCCAGACAACCAGGACACCCGGAGCAACCUGGACAUCGCGGUCGGCUCUCGCCAGCAGGCCACGCAGGGCUGGAUCAACACGUACCCACUGUCCAGUGGCAUGUCCACCAUUUCCAAGAAGUCAGGCAUGUCCAAGAAAACCAACCGGGGCUCUCAGCUGCACAAGUACUACAUGAAGCGCCGGACCCUGCUGCUGUCACUGCUGGCCACCGAGAUCGAGCGCCUCAUCACCUGGUAUAACCCGCUGUCGGCCCCGGAACUGGAGCUGGACCAGGCAGGGGAGAGCAGCGUGGCCAACUGGAGGUCCAAGUACAUCAGCCUGAGCGAGAAGCAGUGGAAGGACAACGUGAACCUCGCCUGGAGCAUCUCGCCCCACCUGGCCGUGCAGCUGCCAGCCAGGUUCAAAAACACGGAAGCCAUUGGCAACGAGGUGACGCGUCUGGUGCGCUUGGACCCGGGAGCCGUUAGUGACAUCCCAGAAGCCAUCAAGUUCCUGGUCACCUGGCACACGAUCGACGCCGACGCGCCCGAGCUCAGCCACGUGCUGUGCUGGGCGCCCGCGGACCCGCCCACGGGCCUGUCCUACUUCUCCAGCAUGUACCCGCCGCACCCCCUCACCGCGCAGUACGGCGUCAAGGUCCUGCGGUCCUUCCCGCCGGACGCCAUCCUGUUCUACAUCCCCCAGAUUGUGCAGGCGCUCAGGUAUGACAAGAUGGGCUACGUGCGGGAGUACAUCCUGUGGGCCGCCUCCCAGUCCCAGCUGCUGGCGCACCAGUUCAUCUGGAACAUGAAGACCAACAUCUACGUAGACGAAGAGGGCCACCAGAAGGACCCCGACAUCGGCGAGCUCCUGGAGCAGCUGGUGGAGGAGAUCACGGGCUCCCUCUCCGGCCCAGCCAAGGACUUCUACCAGCGGGAGUUCGACUUCUUCAACAAGAUCACCAACGUUUCAGCCAUCAUCAAGCCCUACCCCAAAGGUGACGAGAGGAAGAAGGCCUGCCUGUCGGCUCUCUCUGAAGUGAAGGUGCAGCCUGGCUGCUACCUGCCCAGCAACCCCGAGGCCAUCGUGCUGGACAUCGACUACAAGUCUGGGACGCCCAUGCAGAGCGCCGCCAAGGCCCCAUAUCUGGCCAAGUUCAAGGUGAAACGUUGCGGGGUUAGUGAGCUUGAGAAGGAAGGCCUGCGGUGCUGCUCAGAUUCCGAGGAGGAGGGCAGCGUGCAGGAGGCCGACGGCCAGAAGAUCUCCUGGCAGGCGGCCAUCUUCAAAGUGGGGGACGACUGCCGGCAGGACAUGCUGGCCCUGCAGAUCAUUGACCUCUUCAAAAACAUCUUCCAGCUAGUAGGCCUGGACCUCUUCGUCUUCCCGUACCGGGUGGUGGCUACCGCCCCCGGGUGUGGGGUCAUCGAGUGCAUCCCCGACUGCACCUCCCGGGACCAGCUGGGCCGCCAGACCGACUUCGGCAUGUAUGACUACUUCACGCGCCAGUACGGGGACGAGUCCACGCUGGCCUUCCAGCAGGCACGCUACAACUUCAUCCGCAGCAUGGCUGCCUACAGCCUCCUGCUGUUCCUGCUGCAGAUCAAGGACCGGCACAAUGGCAACAUCAUGCUGGACAAGAAGGGCCACCUCAUCCACAUCGAUUUUGGCUUCAUGUUCGAAAGCUCCCCGGGCGGCAACCUCGGCUGGGAGCCGGACAUCAAGCUGACAGACGAGAUGGUGAUGAUCAUGGGGGGCAAGAUGGAGGCCACGCCCUUCAAGUGGUUCAUGGAGAUGUGUGUGCGUGGCUACCUGGCCGUGCGGCCCUACAUGGAUGCUGUCGUCUCUCUGGUCACCCUCAUGCUGGACACGGGCCUGCCCUGCUUCCGUGGCCAGACAAUCAAGCUCCUCAAGCACAGGUUCAGCCCCAACAUGACGGAGCGAGAGGCGGCGAACUUCAUCUUGAAGGUCAUUCAGAGCUGCUUCCUUAGCAACAGGAGCCGGACCUAUGACAUGAUCCAGUACUAUCAGAACGACAUCCCCUACUGAGAGUGGGGCGGCCACAAUCAAUCUCCACAGGCGCGCCGGCCGCCGCUUCAUCCCGCAGACAAAUGGGCCAGAGGUGCCGCUGCCAAGCUGGAGACUCACUGUCCCGGGCACCGCCUGCAUGGCCAGAAGGACAAUCAGAGCCAGUCUCUGCACGGGCACGGGCUCUUCUUGCACUGGACGCAUUCCCCACCUGUCUUUUCUCAGAGGCACAGGAAGUAUGUUCUUAGGCAUAAAAAUCAGAAAAGCUGUAUUUAACCAACGUGAACAAAAUAAAAGCACGCUGCUGCGCGGGACCCUGA